GGUCCUCUCAGCUCCUCCUCCACUGGCUCACGUUACACUCCAUAAACUUGCCACUCUUUCCCACCUAAGCGUUUAAAAGGGAGGAGGGAGCGCUUGUCAAGGAAUGCCUCAGAGCUGUGAAAACAGGCAGCCUAGAGCUAAGAAGCAGAGAGUGUGGAUGUGAGUGGAGAGAGAGAGAGAGAGAGAGGGAGAGAGGGAAAGAGUGAGAGUGAGGGGGAAAGAGAGAGAGAGUUAAAAUCUAACGCCACAGACUGUGCGUGAGGGAGGGUGUGUGUGUGCGUGUAUGUGUGUGUGGGUCUGGGUCUGAGAGGGAGAGGGAGAAAAGACCAGGGAAGCCGCCUCACACGUCACACCUCAGAGAGAGAGAGAGAGGGAAGGACUGAGAGAGAGAGAGAGAGAGAGACAGAGUUACACCACAACUGGAGAGUGUGUGCUCAUACACUCCCCUCUCAGGCAAACCUUCAGACUUCAGAGUCUUAGUCAGUCACAGACAGAGAGAGAGAGAGGAACAGAGUGGGGGAGAGGAGGAGAAAAGAAAGAAAGACAGAAAUUAAGAAAGAAAGAAAGAAAGAAAGAGAGAGAGAGAGAAAGUGAUAUUUCCACAGGUGGACGCGAGCUUGCCCGGUGAUGUGCGUUUAAAAAACCCGAUAAGGCGAAGCGGAUACUCCCAGCGCUGCAUUACCUCAGCGUCGGCACCGAGCAGCUGAUCUCCUGCACGCUGCACGCCGACUCUCUCUCACACACACACACACACACACUCGUCCUGCACAGAGCAGCAGCAGCCCGGCUUUUCGCUUGCACUGCUCCUCGCUUUGCUCUUUUGCGUGUGAGCGAGCGCAUAUGCGUGCGAAAGGGUGACUUUUUUUUUUUCCCCUUCGCGCACCCCGACGAUUCGGUCCGCCCGAGCCUGCGUGCGAACGAAGAACCUGUCCAGUUCUUUCCCUGACCCCUUCAACGACCACCACCAGCAGCACCAGCAGCACCAGCUGAACAUGGAUCAGCCAGCCAGCAGCUGCAUGAGGAGCUCCCACCCGGCCAACCCCAUCUGGGGCUGCGUGCGGAGCCCCCACUCGGGCGUCCCCACCGGCGGGCUCCAGCCCUACCAGCAGGCCCCCUUCGCGCUGCACCAGAAGCCCGACUUCCUGACCUCCUACACGGACUUCUCCAACGCCUGCCUGGUGCCGUCGCCGCACGCGUACCCGCGCGACGACAGACUCUACCCGGAGGCCCACGCCGCCGCCGCCGGAGGCUACCAGUCCAGGCCCGAGUGGCAGUUCGGGCCCUGCGAGCCCAGGGGCCGCGGGCAGGAGCCGUGCGGCCAGGCGGCCACGGUGGGCGCGGGCGCCGGAGUGGCGGGCGGCCCGGAGAUGGACAGCGCCGGAGGGGAGAGGCUGCCCGGCGGAGGGCCCGUCAGCGGAGGCCUGGACGGCGACUACUCGCCACAGAGCCUGGGAGUGGGAGAUACAGAGAAGAAGCACGCCAAGAAGAAGAGGGACAUCACAGAUAUCCAGGACUCCAGCUUCAAGGCCGACUCCAACUGCAAGGCCAGGAAGGAGCGCACGGCGUUCACGAAAGAGCAGCUGCGGGAGCUGGAGGCCGAGUUCACCCACCACAACUACCUGACGCGCCUGCGCCGCUACGAGAUCGCCGUCAACCUCGACCUCACCGAGAGACAGGUGAAAGUGUGGUUCCAGAACAGGAGGAUGAAGUGGAAGAGAGUGAAAGGAGGACAGCCUGCCUCCCCCCAUGACCUGGAGGCCGAUGACCUCGACUCGGCCGCCUCGCCCAGCUCGGAGUGAAGCGGGCCCCCCUCCGCCACGCUUUUUUUUACCACCCCUGUUCUCCCGCCCGCCUUCCUGGGCCACCAGAGACACCAAAACUCCCUGGCACGUCGGACCGACUGACUGGGAUGCCACGAUGGCCGUCAUGAACUCUUGUUCGAGUUUUUGUUUUCUUUUGUUGUUAACCCCCAGCAUGGGACCGCCCACAUGGACACUCUGGUCAGAGUCUUGGAACAGUCCAAGAACCCCCCCCCCCCCCCCCCCCCCCAUCCCAUCCCAUCCCACUCAUUCACCCCCCCCCGUCCCACCCGAUGUGGUCUGAUCUGAAAGUUCAUCCCUUUUUCUCUGGUCGGCUUAUCUCUGCGGAACUAUGAUUAGCCCACAGACUUGGGAAGCCAAACCAAGCCAAGCGAGAAGACUGCGCCACGCGCGAGUCGCGGCUUUGCGUCGUUAGCGUUCACAGACAUUUCUCCGUGAGCUCUCUCCUCGUCGUAACAGUGCGAACGGUGAUGGACACUGCAGCCCUGUUGUCGAGGCUCCGCUGCUUCCACUGCAGACGUCUGGUUGGGGAGCCUGACCGCAACCACCUGCUAACGGCUCCGACCGAAAGAGGCUAUCUCAGGAUCCCAGCAGUAUUACUAAACCAAGAGUGCCUCAACCCCCUUCCCCUCUUGUUUGUCAGGUUCUUAGAGUAUACUUUUUGCGUUACUUUUGAACAAUGAUUUAGCAUAUAUUUUUGCCUGUUUUUAUUGUUUGUUUUUUUUUACAUUUGAUGAAAUGAUAAACAGAUGUUGGUAUUGAGAUCUGCAAAAAAAAGAAUAAAUUGUCAAAAAAUGAAAUA